AUGGCCGAGUUUGUACGCGCCCAGAUCUUCGGAACCACGUUCGAGAUUACCUCGAGAUACUCCGAUCUCCAGCCCGUUGGCAUGGGAGCUUUUGGCCUCGUAUGCUCUGCUCGAGAUCAGCUCACCAACCAAAAUGUCGCCGUCAAGAAGAUCAUGAAGCCUUUCAGCACACCUGUGCUCGCCAAGCGCACAUACCGUGAGCUCAAGCUGCUCAAGCAUCUUAAGCACGAAAACGUUAUUUCUCUCAGUGACAUCUUCAUCUCACCCUUGGAAGAUAUCUAUUUCGUCACAGAACUCCUCGGUACCGAUCUCCACCGAUUAUUGACUUCGCGCCCUCUCGAAAAGCAGUUCAUCCAGUAUUUCCUCUACCAGAUCAUGCGUGGACUCAAGUACGUGCAUUCGGCCGGUGUUGUCCACCGUGACCUCAAGCCUAGCAACAUUCUCGUCAACGAAAACUGCGAUUUGAAGAUCUGCGACUUUGGUCUUGCCCGAAUCCAGGACCCCCAGAUGACUGGCUAUGUUUCUACACGAUACUACCGAGCUCCUGAGAUUAUGCUCACCUGGCAAAAAUACGACGUUGAAGUUGAUAUCUGGAGUGCUGGCUGCAUUUUCGCUGAGAUGCUUGAGGGCAAGCCUCUUUUCCCUGGAAAGGAUCACGUCAACCAAUUCUCCAUCAUCACCGAGCUCCUCGGCACUCCCCCUGACGAUGUUAUCAACACCAUCGCCAGUGAGAAUACUCUUCGGUUUGUCAAGUCGCUACCCAAGCGCGAGAGACAGCCCCUCCGUAACAAGUUCAAGAACGCAGACGACUCAGCUAUUGACCUUCUCGAACGCAUGCUUGUCUUUGACCCCAAGAAGCGAAUAACUGCCACUGAGGCUCUCGCUCACGACUACCUUUCCCCCUACCAUGACCCUACAGACGAGCCUGUGGCCGAGGAAAAAUUCGACUGGAGUUUCAACGACGCCGAUCUGCCUGUUGAUACAUGGAAGAUCAUGAUGUACUCGGAAAUUCUCGACUACCAUAAUGUUGAAGCUGGUGUCACCAACAUGGAAGAGCAGUUUAAUGGACAAUAG